GGCAUAGAAUCAUAGAAUUAAUUGUGAAGUGUUGCAUUCUCUGCAUUAAACUGCAUGUAUUGCAUUCCCUGGAUUAAGCUGCAUUUAUUGCAUUCCCUGGACUGAGCUGAAUUGAUUGCAUUCCCUGGAUAAAGCUGAAUUAUUGCAUUCUCUGGAUUAAGCUGCAUGUAUUGCAUUCCCUGGAUUGAGCUGCAUUCAUUGCAUUCCCUGGAUAAAGCUGAAUUUAUUACAUUCCCUGGCAGAGAUAAGGUGCUAUAAGGAAGGAUGAAGAGGUCUCCCUGAGUUUCCCAGGCUGUGUACAGGAAUGGCUGAUCACAGGAGAGGUGCUGAAUAUCAGAAUGAAAUCCACCAGGAUCUUGUGGAGGUGUGAAUCCCAGACUAUUGGAUACUAGUGAGAAGGACCUUUUCUGGAUCCGAGAUUCUGGAUCCGUGUUCCUUCCAGUCAUGUCUGAUCUCCUUCUUCUACCAGAGACAUUGUUUCUGUGGUUGCUAAUUGUUUGUGCAAGGACUGAGUGGACCCAGGACAAUCCAUGUAACAACUGCACUGUCUUAGACAAUACGGCCGACUGGUCCUCUCUGCGGUCAGACCACUGCUGUGUGAAGCUCGAUCUCUCUGUCGACACCAUGGAUUGGAACAUCUUCACUGGACUCGCCAGCCUUCGGGUGCUCCAUCUCUCUAGCUCUGGGAUUUUCGAGAUCACCGACGUGGAAGGAGGGAGAAUUCCGACACAUGUUGAGUAUCUAUAUAUGGAUCACAAUCAUUUGAGAGAACUUCCUGAUGGUUUCCUUAGCAAUGCACCCAACCUAAAGGUGCUUCACCUUAACUUUAACAAACUGCAUUACCUCCCCAAAAACUUCAUGCUUGUCUCCAACCAGAUAGAGGAGAUAGACCUUAGUUAUAACAAACUGACUUCACUACCACCAAGUAUACUCAAACCUUCCCUCUCUGCACUUGGCUUUGUCAACAACAGCCUAGAGUGUACCUGUGCCUUGUACGACCAGUUGGAGCCACACUUCCAUAAUAAUGACAGCAGGAAGUUACUGGAAGAAGUGGUUUGUACUUUGCCGAGAGAUGAUAAUGGAUCGAAGCUCAGAGAUCUGAAGAGGAGCAACCUCUGCAGGUCCCAUAGUUUAACUGUGGUCCUUAUCUGCAUUCCCAUUCUGGUAGUGUUAGGGAUUAUGUGUUGGUAUUUAUGCUGCCGUCGGCAAAAGGGUGGUUAUGCCAACACAAGGCAAGAGAGCAGCCUAGUGACUGUGGACCGCAAUGGUGCUGGAAAUAUGGGUGAUUACCAUCACUAUGAACCAAGACAACAUUUUCAAAAAGACAGAAAGGCAGUAGAAAUAAACCAGGUGAAUGAUCCAAUCUUGUUGAAGCCUUCUGCAGCUCUAUUGGGCAGCAGCCGGGAUCUCUAUGAAGAGGUGGAAAUCAAACUUGGGACCUCUGCAGACCACCUAGUAGAGAAAGAUGGUCAGGUCAAUCAGGAGAGCCCUGGUUUGAUGCUGGCGGUUGAGGAGGAAGAGGAUGAAGUUUCUAAGGCAGGAGAAGAUCCAGAAGUGGAAACAGUGAGUGUGACAGAUGUAAUGAAGGAUUCAACAGACCGAGAGAAACUUUACUUGAGCCAGGCUACGGACUAUUAUAGCUUGGUGCCUGAAAUAGAGCUGGAAGACUCUGAUCAUUGUGAAUAUGAAAGUGUGGACCUUUCAUGAGAAGAAGUUCUUCAGCCAGUGGCCUAAUGAUCAUUUAAAUCGAGCAGAUCAUAAGAGUACAGAACAAGCCAACAUUACAAUAACCUGCUAUCUCCAGAAUCUUAGUGCAGUACAGGCAAUACACCAAGAUUCUCUGAGGUUUUAAAAAAUAAAGGAUAAGCCUACAUCAGACCUUUCUGGUUUGGAACGGAACUGGGGUCAUGGGUCAGGUAUCAAUUACAGGGCUCCGUUACACGAUUUACUCCUCCAAUCCAUUUCUGUAGCAGAAUCACCCACAACCCAAUGGCAACAGCGAGCAUGAUUCAUGUCCUCUGAAUGGAAGUGGUACAUAAUGUAUUGUUACAUUAUAAUUAUCUCUGGAAGGCACUAUUAUACUCCGUUUCUGAAAUGAAGACCAGUAAUCUAUGCUUAAAUAAUUCCGAGUGUGAGACAUUACAUUUACCUAUAACAUGCUGGUAUACUGUCAAUCACAGCUACAGUUACAGGGAUAAUGAUACAAAGUGACCAUUAAGACCCUUAGCAGAACAACAUACCUCACUCAUAGCAUUCCUCUAAAAAAAAAAAAAAUACUCAAUUUUAACGGGAGAUACAUUAAAAAAAACUAUUGUGGUCUCUUAUAUCACAUAACAUUAAAGCAAAAUAAAAUGUUGUAAGAUUAUUUUUAUAUUACAAUAAUAUAUUAUAAUCAGUUUGCAGUUGAGCAGAUAAUAAAGAUUUGUAUCUCACGGACCAGGUGACAAGGCAGAAGGAUGAGGAGACAGGACUGCAAUAAUUUAACAGCAACUUACUGAAGUAUAUUAUAAGAUCUCAGCUACCAAUUGUCUUACUAUCUCCAGACCCAAUGUCUGCGUUUGUUUAUUACAUAUUACAGUAUUCUAUUUAGUAAGUAGUAUAAUAUCUCCAAUAUUCAUUCAAACGUUGGUCUUGGAAUAAGUACAAUAUUAAUUGAAAAACAUUCUUAGGAGGGUAUUGUGAAAGGUUCCUUUUAAUGAGAUGUUACACUGGUCGAACUUUUAUCACUAGCUUUAAACUUUAUAUUUGUAUUUUCACUGAAACUGUUUUGUAUAUAUGUUGCUUUGUUCGUAACUUACAACUACUGACACUGCUACACUGUUACUGACGGGAGCUUAGCCUUUUAUUGUCCCCUGAAUGUCAGCUUCUCCGUGCCUUAUUGCUGGAAUGGACUUCGAAGUGUCUGUGUUUGGGUGUGCUCCUAGUGGGCAGUGCUUGGAUAAAUGGCAAAUGCAAAUCAAUGUCUUCCCAUGAUCCUCUGGUACAAAUAUAUUUUGUCACUGCACCAAUACUAUUUGUAUUCAAUUGUUACCAGUGGGUUCUCUCUACCUUCAGUUACAGAUUACAAACCAAACUCACAAACCUAUAGGGAUGUAAAAUCAGGGGAUAGUAGUGAAGUAAAUGAAGUUGCACAAAGAUGACAAGAUGUCAGAAUGUUUAUUAAUUAAAAUAUAUA